GAGUCAACACGGCGGAGCUCUGCAGUUAUAUGAAAGGCGCCCCAGCUACAUUCUGAAUAACAAUUGAUUCUUCUUGUUAUCAAUUGGCUUCCAGAACGCGCCGCUGUAGCACAAUAAGCCUACCCCUCCAUCUACCCCGCAGACCUCCUACCUACUUUAGGUGAGAUUAGGAAGGAUUCAGCAGUACUACACCAUGGCUUCUGUAGUAUCCACAGCAAACGAUGAGGACCCCAAGGUUUCGAUCACGCCACUUCUCAAGCGACUCUGGCACGAAACGGCAUCUACAAAACCCACUGCAGACGAGAUUGCUUCUGCUCUUUCCCUGAUUUUCACCAACAGCCUCUCGGAAGUCCAAAUCGGAGCUCUGCUGACAUGUCUCCAUUUCACGGACGAAGACAGACAGGCUGAAGUGCUUGCCAAGUGCUCCAAGGCGAUGAGAGAUUUCUCGACCAAGAUUGAUUUCGAGUCGCUCAAUCAAGUCCUUGAGAAACGUGGACGGAAGGAGGGCAAUUACAAUGGAGGGCUGGUUGACAUUGUCGGCACAGGAGGUGAUUCGCACAACACCUUCAACAUUUCUACAACAUCGUCUAUCCUGGCCAGUUCACUGCUCAUGGUGGCAAAGCAUGGUAACAAGGCAUCGACAUCGCGCUCAGGGUCAGCAGACCUACUUGCUUGUGCACCACCGAAGGCUCCAAUCAUCACCGCAGUUGCACCCAGGACCAUCAACGAGAUCUACGCCGAGACCAACUACGCUUUCCUGUAUGCGCCAAUCUUCCACCCCGGUGCCAGACACGCUGCCUCUAUCCGCAGACAGCUCGGCUGGCGCACAAUUUUCAACCUCCUCGGACCCCUUGCGAACCCCCUGCACGAGCAGAUCGAAGCUCGAGUGCUCGGUGUAGCCCGUAAAGAGAUCGCCCCUGAUUUUGCUGAGGCACUCCGUCAAUCAGGCGCAAGGAAGGCGCUGGUCAUGUGCGGUGAUGAGGAGCUAGACGAGCUCUCCUGCGCAGGGCCAACGCACUGCUGGCGCCUACAAGAAAACUCCUCUGGGCAAGUAGACAUCAACUUCUUCAAGCUCUCGCCCGAGGAUUUUGGUCUGCCAACGCAUCCUCUGAGUGAUGUGUCCCCCGGCCAGUCACCAGAGAAGAACGCCGAGAUCCUGAUGAGGAUUCUGAAUGGCGAGGUCGCACCCGACGAUCCGAUCCUGCACUUCGUCUACAUCAACACUGCUGCUCUGUUCGUCAUCAGUGGAAUUUGCGACGCGGAUACGAGCAACAUGGGCGAGGGUGAUGACGGAAAUGUCAUCAAGGAGGUUGGCCCUGGCGGCGGCCGCUGGAAGGAAGGCGUCAGGAGAGCGAAGUGGGCGGUCUCGAGUGGCGAGGCUUACAAGCAGUGGCAGAGCUUCGUUGAGGUCACCAACAGGGUGGCUUAGAGGGUCGAAUUUAGACAUAUGUGGGAGUGCCUGUAGGGAAUAGAGGUGUUCAUGGUAUGACGGAAGUCAUCUAACAUUACCGAAAAGAAAAGAAAUUUCAAACUCGUAACAUUUGUCUCCC